CCGCCAUGUCGGCGCAGGCCCAGAUGCGCGCUAUGCUGGACCAGUUGAUGGGCACCUCCCGGGACGGGCCCUGGUGGUGGCAACCGCCUGUGUGCCACUGAAAAUCGUGCCGAUGCCUGGCAUACUGCAUAAAUGGAAGCAGGGUACCGCGUGAGUUGAAACAUUGGUCACACUAUAUAAAGUUUGUAUAUGUGAAUCAGUGUAACUCAUACCCAUGUAACUGGGGGUCUGACUGUAUUUGGAUUUUUCUGAUAAGGCAUCAUGGGCUAAGGAAAAGAGCACUGGGCUGAGACUCAGGAGACCUGGUCUCUAAUUAUAAUCUUGGGUAAGUCAUAUAACCUUCUUUGCCUCAAGUUUAAUCUGUAAUUUGUUAUAUGGGAAAUCAAAUAAUUUGUUAUGUUAUUCUAAAAAAUGUUGGAAAGAAAAUAUAUAAAGAUUUUCAGGUGGGAGGAAGCAUAAGUAGAUACUAAUUAUUAGUUUCUUAUUUUCUCUUAGGUUUAAGAUUCAUUGCACUUUUGUAAGUACCCUUCUGUUUUAGUUAUUAGCAUUAAUAGGAGAGAGAAAGAUAAUUUGUUUUCCCUGAACAUAUUCCAUUUGGUAGAGGGAAAGAUCCAAGCCACACAGAAAAAUAAGAAAUGUUUUGAGAAUUAUGUGAUAGUUGAAGGAAACCAGUGCCCUCAUAGAUUGUGAUCAUUUUGACUAGGCUGAAUUAAUUGCUAAACUAUCAUUUAGCAACAUAGUUUAAUUACCAUAACAAAUGGUCCUGAUUCCAGAAAUGCCUGGGAAAGUGCAGGUUAGAGGAAUUAAAACUGAGGUGUGCAUGUGUAUGUGUUUUGCCUGGACCUUACACAUGGCUAGGCAAUCCCUAUACCAGUGAAGUAUUUCUGUAGCCUUAGGAUGUGGAUUUAGAAAAUAAGUAACAAAAUUGCUUUUAGGGCUUCAUAUCUCUUAAUUGCUUUAAGUGGAACCAGAAAUGACAAGUGUGCCCUUAAAAAUCAACCUAUAGAUUAAAAAUAUAGCAUUAAAGUUGUUAGACAAUUUUGGUUUUCUUUAACAAUCAUCUUUUAAGCUGUAUAUGAUAACUUCUUCAGUCAAUAGAGAAUAUUAAUUAUAGUAGCCCUGCUGACUACUAUGUCAGUUAUAUUGUGCAUGAUAGUUUUAUGAAAUAUAAAAUUGAAAGAAUGCUCAUCUUAGGAGAUACUUAGGAAAAUGCAGUUUAGGUGUUUUCAAAAUAAAUUUAAUGACACCUAAUUUUUAAUUUGUAGGCCAGUAUAACAUUUCUGUCUUUGUGAAAAAAUGAUUGAGUCAAUUGAAGUAGUGUUUUCUUCAGUGGAUCUUCUUGAUUAAACCAUCUUAAUUGUAUUCUGUGUUCCUUGACUCAUCAUGAACAUUGAAUACAUUUUCUCUCAAUUUUCUGUCAUUAACAUAAUAAACCAUAUUUAUUUCUUGGUCAACUGUAAGCCAUUUUUAUUCCAAUUGUAUCAUUCAUAUUAAGUGAAGGAGGCGUAACCUUUAAUAUACAGGCCCUCAUUUUUAGUGGAAAGGGUGUAUCUUAGUUUAGGUCUGUAAGUUCCUGAAAUUAAGAAACUUUAGUAUACUUAAGGCUAAACAGUUUCUCUGAGUUUCAGUACUAUUUAAUUUUGUCAUUGUUUUAGUCAUAGCUAAAACAUUGAGAGUUCUUUGUAAGUAGGGCAGAGUAUAUGAAUUUUUUCCCUAUUUUGCAUUUUGAACUCUGAAUAACACUUCCAUCUGCACAGCAGGCCAGAAGACAAUAAAAAAACUUUUAAGAAUCUUGUGUACCUUGGACACUACAGUUGUUAGCAUUCCUGACCUAAGCUGUGUUUCUAAGGCAAAAUUUCAGGUUAAAAAAAUAUUGAAUGGGAAUGAAAUUUAUUUUGUGCAUCUGUUAAAGGUCUAGGUGGCAAAUAAAUGCUUUGUACUAGUUGAGGUAGAAUGUGAGGACAUAGUGGUGGCUCAUAACUAUAAUCUUAGCUACUCAGGAGACUGAGAUCUGAAGAUUGAGGUUUGAAGCCAGCUUGGAGUGAUUUUCAUGUUCGAGAUGGAGAAUUCAAAGGUUCAAUGUAUCUAUGCCUGCCUACUUCAGUCUGCAAGGGAGUGUCAGAAAGGCCCCGCAUUCGCCGAGCCGAGAUACUACUCGUCAACGAAUAAAAUUCAGUGAUGACAGAGUCUGCAAGAGUCACCUUCUCAACUGUUGCCCCCAUGAUGUCCUUUCUGGAACUAGAAUGGAUCUUGGAGAAUGUCUGAAAGUCCAUGACCUGGCUUUAAGAGCAGAUUAUGAAAUCGCAUCCAAAGAACAGGAUUUUUUCUUUGAACUUGAUGCCAUGGAUCAUCUGCAGUCAUUCAUUUCAGAUUGUGAUCGAAGAACAGAAGUGGCUAAGAAGAGAUUAGCAGAAACACAAGAAGAAAUUAGUGCUGAAGUGGCAGCGAAAGCAGAACGUGUUCAUGAGUUAAAUGAAGAAAUUGGUAAAUUGUUAGCCAAGGUAGAACAACUAGGAGCUGAAGGGAAUGUGGAAGAAUCUCAGAAAGUAAUGGAUGAGGUAGAGAAAGCACGGGCAAAGAAAAGAGAAGCAGAGGAAGUUUAUCGGAAUUCUAUGCCAGCUUCUAGCUUCCAACAGCAGAAACUUCGAGUCUGUGAAGUCUGCUCUGCCUAUUUAGGGCUUCAUGAUAAUGACAGACGACUGGCUGAUCAUUUUGGGGGUAAACUGCACCUGGGAUUUAUUGAAAUAAGAGAGAAGCUUGAAGAACUAAAGAGAGUUGUAGCUGAGAAGCAGGAAAAAAGAAACCAGGAACGCCUGAAGAGAAGAGAAGAAAGGGAGAGAGAAGAACGAGAGAAGCUGAGGAGGUCCCGAUCACAUAGCAAGAAUCCCAAAAGAUCCAGGUCCAGAGAACAUCGCAGGCACCGGUCUCGCUCCAUGUCACGAGAACGCAAGAGGAGGACUCGAUCCAAGUCUCGGGAGAAACGUCAUCGCCACAGGUCCCGCUCUAGCAGCCGCAGCCGCAGCCGCAGCCACCAGAGAAGCCGACAUAGUUCUAGAGAUAGAAGCAGAGAGCGAUCCAAGAGGAGAUCCUCAAAAGAAAGAUUCAGAGACCAAGACUUAGCAUCACGUGACAGAGACAGGAGUUCAAGAGACAGAUCGCCACGUGAGCGAGAUGGAAAAGCUAAGAAGCGGUCCUAUGAGAGUGCUAAUGGCAGAGCAGAAGACAGGCGGAGCUCGGAAGAGCGGGAAGCAGGGGAGAUCUAAUUAGUGUGUACAUAGCUUCAAUCCUUAAGCUUCCUGUGGAGUUACAUAUACUAUUGUUUAGUUUACAGCUGUUCAGGGUGACAGUGAGCAAGCAGUUCUAGACACUGAUCCAGCCAGGCUAGAUGUACAAUAUCUUAACUUGAUCUGAACUGAAAAUGUUUUCCUGAUGAAGCCUAAAACUACAUCCAUAGUUUCUGGUGAACCUGUAAUACAGUUCUGAAAUACAGUUUUAUAUGAUAAGAUGCUGAUCUCUAUUCUUUCAAGUAGGAGUGAUAGUGAAUGAAUUGUGUUAUUUGCCUUGGGAUCUUUUGACCAUUUGUAAAAUGCUGUCUUCCUUUCUACUCCAAACAGCAACAGCUUUGAGAAUUUUCUUUUUACUUCUUCUCUACCUUUUGUAUCCCCCUAAUACUUGCACCUUCCAACUGUGAAAGAAAGGGAGGGAUAGGGAAGCAAUAUAAUUUCUGUUCUAAGGUUCUAUUCCCAUCAUUAAUUCAUAGUUGAUUAUGAUUCAAGCACUAUACUGGAAUGCGUGCUGCCGAAACUUAAAAUACGGGGAUUUUGUUUGUUUGAUGGUGCCUAUUUAGAGUUGGAUGUUGAACAGCUGUUGGUAUUACAUACUUUUGCUUUUUUACUGAAAUCUUCAAAUCAGACUUGUCUUGAUUUUUCUGUUCCAUUCAAUUUACUAUGUUUAGGAUGUUCUGAUGGGGGUGGGGGCAGGGACUCUUUCGUAAUAAGCACUUGUUUCAUUUUGUGUGUGUGGAGUAUAAAAGCUACACGCGUAUUGUAAAAAUAAUAAAAUCAAAGAAACAAUCACCACCACCAUCAUUAAACUGUAACUUGACUAGUAAAUUGUCACUAGAACUAUGUGUUGUAUUUCCUGUCUGUUACAUUGUUAACAGUGCCUUAAUGUACAAGGCACCCAAAGAAGCAAAGAUGUAUUUGCAGAUUCAGAUGAACUGUGUGCUUCAUCUGGGCCCCUCGCUGACUCCACUACUUCAGGGCUGUCUGUAAUACUGGAGAGAAAGGCUGCACCUGCAGAAACCACUGAGGGUUUCCUUUUGUACUUCUUAUUCAACAAACCUAAUAAACAGUAUGUAACCAA